AUGAUUGCUGAUCUUUCAAUACUAACAUUAUCACUAUUACUGCUAAUCAAUUACCCACAGUAUACUUAUCUUUAUCCAGUUCAAGAAAAUAUUCUAAUUGACUUACGACAAAAUCAAAGUUUUCCUUCUCCCAUAUCUAUUAACACCAGUAUUUGGAUGCAACAACUCCUUCCCAAUAUAUCUCAUCUUCAUUUAUUUAAUCUUACUCUACCAGGCACACAUGAUAGUGCAUCGUUUACUCUCACAUCAGCUCUGUCACCUGAUCCUACUGGAAAUCCAGUACUGGAUGCUCUUGUAAAACUAGCAGAGAAAUUAGGAAUACCAUUACAGGAGGUUAUUACACCAUGGGCAUUGGCACAAAGUAGAAAUUUAUAUGAACAAGCAGAGGAUGGUAUGCGCUAUUUUGAUAUUCGUGCUGCCUACAAUGGUACAGAGUGGUGCUCGUAUCAUUUUGAGCUCGGUCUACCUAUUAACACUCAUCUCAAUGCAUUGAAUUCCUUCUUGUUGUUACAUCCCAAUGAAAUCAUUGUGAUUGAAGUAUCACAUCUUGCUAGUGCGAAUUUAACACAGAAAAAUUUGAAUGAAUUAAGAGAUAUGAUCAUCAACAUAUUCAAUCCAAUGUUAUAUUCGCGUAUCAAUAACUUCAAUACCACAACCAUUGGUGAUAUGAUUUCAACUAAUCAACGAGUGAUAGUCACGUUAAGUGAUGAUGCUACUAUAGAAAAUUACACUCAACUCUGGUAUGGAUCCAGUAUGAUCAAUUCAUAUGCCAACACAGAUUCACUCGAUCAAAUGAUUUCAUAUAAUUGGCAGCAAGUUCUACAGUUCAAUUCUCUUCCUUCGUUACCAACCGAUGCUCUGUAUAAGUUAAGCUGGACAUUGACACCGCAAGUAUCGACUAUCUUCGACUCGAUAUUACCCGAUAAACCAAAGUCAUUAAGGAAUUUAGCUGAUAUUGGUAAUAGUGGCUUAAACAGUUUUGCAAGUGCCGUGUUACAGAAAAAAUGGAGACUAUGCCAGCUGUUAUUAAUCGAUUUUCAAGAGAGAAGUGAAAUCAUGCAAUGGAUAUUUGCGUCUAUUAACCAGUAA